UGAAGACAUUGAGGCAAAGUCAGAUGAUGAGCAGCAAGAAAAUGAAGAUGAAGAUAAUAAACGACAAAAAUAAUACACAGUUCCAGUGAAUGACAUCAGAUAUGAUAAUCUUAGUUAAUACAGUUAUGGAAGAUGCAGCUGAAUUGCGAGGCGAAAAUGCGGAGGAUGAUGAAAACGAGGAGGACGAGAACGAAGCUGACGACAAUUACAGGAUUCCGAACGAAGGAGAAGGGGAUUAUCCAUUAGCCGUGCGCCACGAAUCCGAGGAAACUUUGCUUUCGGAUAAUUUCGAAGAGGACGUAAAUUUCGUUAAUAUGGAUAUCAUUAGACGCAUGCCGAAACGGCGAAAUCCCUUUACACAUCCAUCGCACUCCUUCCAAAACGGUUUGAACACACCAGCUAACACGGUAGAUUAACAACAGCUUUCACACGUUCGAUUAAAAUAAAUGCAUUUCUUUCUGUCAUACUUCUCCUUUAUUUAUUUAA